UGGGUGACUUCAUCCUCUCCUGUUCAGAUUCGCUGGGCAAUCCGCAGCACAAAGAACCAUCUGGCCAAUCGUGUGGAGGAGUUGAGUCUGUGGCAGAACCAAUCAGAAGACAGCAUAGCCCUGGUGGACAAGGAAAUCACUGGCCUUGAACAGGUGAAGACCCAGGCGGAGCAGGUCCUGCAGGACGGGUGUGUGUACCGGCUGCUUCUGGGGGAGUGUGUGGCGCUGAGGGCGGGCCGGGGAGCUGGUCCACGACCACGUGGAGGCGGGGCUGCGGAGGGAGGUGGAGCUGACGGAGGAGAUGAAGGAGCAGACCCAGAAGAACCUCCUCAUCCUCCUGGACCAGCUCAGGGAUCUGAGGAACAUGCGGGCCCUUCUGACAGCUGAUGAAAGGGAUAAGGGCCAAGCUGCCGAGCUAAACGGACGCUGCUUGAGCUUUAACCUGCAUUCACCCAACCUGGGCUACAAGUACCAACCCUGCCACGUAGCCCAGGGCACUGUGAGCUACAGCCAGUGGACGUCCCACUGCAGAGAGCUGAAGCAGACAUCUGAGAAGUUGGCCCUUCACUGUGGCCAGUUCAGAGGGACCAUGCAGUACAACCUGUCUAAGCUGAUGAGUGCGCUGGAGACCCAGCGAUGUGCCACUGACUUCAGUCUGAGGAAGAGGGUGAAGGAGCUGAGCAGAGCCAAGGAGUCACUGGACUGGGAGAAACAGCAGGUGGAGGAUGUGGUGGGGGAGCUGGUCAGGGACAAGCAGAAGGUCAUGACCUCUGGCUCAGAGCAACAGGUAGCCCAUACCUGUCUGGACACCCUGGCCCAGAGGCCCAAUCAGGAACUCUGCAUGGACCAGCCUCACGUUGGCCUCCUGCUAGAAAAUAUGAACCUGAGCAGGAACACGUACGUCCUGAAGAAGAAGCUGGCCCUCUCAGAGAGAACCUUGGAGGCCUUAUACAGGAACCUGAUGACCUUGGAUGAGCACCUGGCCUCCAAGACACGUGCCCUGGACAUCGACAGGCACUGCCUGGAUACCCGUCGGCGUCUCGUGCCCCUGAGAGGGACGGUCGUGGUCAAUGGUCAUGGUCAACAGCCCCAGGCUCCAGGUCUCCUCCAGGCUCCAGGUCUCCUCCAGGCUCCAGGUCUCUCCUCCAGGCUCCAGGUCUCCUCCAGGCUCCAGGUCUCUCCUCACCGGCCGUCCUCCUGUCAGAGACAGCUGUGAGGAGCAGGCCACGGACACUGCUAGGUCAGGGUGUUUGUUUUGGACUCACCUGUGACGUAAAACAAAAAACUCUUUGGCGUACCUAUUUUAUGCACUGGGAGAGCAAUAAAUAUUUAGUUUUCUGACAA